GUACGGCCGACUGCAGGCUGAGAUGGAACAGGAGGCUGGGGAGCUGAGCCGGUGGCAGGCGGCGCACCAGGCUGCCCAGGAUAACGAGAACUCAGCGCCCAUCUUGAACAUGUCUUCAUCUUCUGGAAGCUCUGGAGUGCACACCUCUUGGAACCAAGGCCUACCAAGCAUUCAGCACUUUCCUCACAGCGCAGAGAUGCUGGGGUCCCCUUUGGUGUCUGUUGAGGCGCCGGGGCAGAAUGUGAAUGAAGGGGGGCCACAGUUCAGUAUGCCACUGCCUGAGCGUGGUAUGAGCUACUGCCCCCAAGCGACUCUCACUCCUUCCCAGAUGAUUUACUGUCAGAGAGUGUCUCCCCCUCAGCAAGAGAUGACGAUUUUCAGUGGGCCCCAACUAAUGCCCGUAGGAGAGCCCAAUAUUCCAAGGGUGGCCAGGCCCUUCGGUGGGAAUCUAAGGAUGCCCCCCAAUGGGCUGCCAGUCUCGGCUUCCACUGGAAUCCCAAUAAUGUCCCACACUGGGAACCCUCCAGUGCCUUACCCUGGCCUCUCGACAGUACCUUCUGACGAAACAUUGUUGGGCCCGACUGUGCCUUCCACUGAGGCCCAGGCAGUGCUCCCCUCCAUGGCUCAGAUGUUGCCCCCGCAAGAUGCCCAUGACCUUGGGAUGCCCCCAGCUGAGUCCCAGUCAUUGCUGGUUUUAGGAUCUCAGGACUCUCUUGUCAGUCAGCCAGACUCUCAAGAAGGCCCAUUUCUACCGGAGCAGCCCAGACCUGCUCCACAGACAAUAAAGAAGAACUCCAGGCCUCAGGAAGGGACUGGUAGAGGAGGCUCCUCAGAGGCAAGGCCUUACUGCUGCAACUACGAGAACUGCGGAAAAGCUUAUACCAAACGCUCCCACCUCGUGAGCCACCAGCGCAAGCACACAGGUGAGAGGCCGUAUUCUUGCAACUGGGAAAGUUGUUCAUGGUCUUUCUUCCGUUCUGAUGAGCUUAGACGACAUAUGCGGGUACACACCAGAUAUCGACCAUAUAAAUGUGAUCAGUGCAGCCGGGAGUUCAUGAGGUCUGACCAUCUCAGGCAACACCAGAAGACUCAUCGGCCGGGACCCUCAGACCCACAGGCCAACAACAACAAUGGAGAGCAGGACAGUCCUCCUGCUGCUGGUCCUUAGGUGAAUGAAGAAGGAAGAGGAUUCCAGGCUGAGAGCACUGGACGUGGCAAGUGUUCAGAGGAGAGGCAGUCUUCAAGUUCUACAUUCAUUCAGAAAAAUGUUUUUUGAGCCUACAAUACUGAGCGCACCAAGGCUGUGGAGACCCAUGGUGAGGAGCAUGGAGUUAACUAAAGGAUGUGUCAGGGAAGAAAGACUUCUCAAGGAGGUGCCUCCAUCAGACCCGAAGGACUCAUGGGGGCUAGCUGCACCUCACAUUUCUUGGACAUAUACCGUUGGACAUGUCUAUCUUCUGGAAACUAUGGCAUGGACAGUAAGGAUUCAGAAGUGCAUGAAGGCACCCUGCCUCUGCAGAGCAGAAAGAUCAUAGACAACAUUUAUGAAUGUGCCCAGUGCUGCCAAGAAGAGAAGCCGGUCCUCUGCAGGCUCAAGCCUAUCUGGGCCUCUGGGGAAGCCCCACAGCCUUGGCUGUGCCUGCCCCUGCCCUCUCACCCCUACCCUGACCUUGUCCUACUUCGCUGCCUUUGUCUGUGUUACUAGUGGCCCCAGUAUACCUGGGAUGGACAUCCAGGUGCCCUUCAUCCAAGCUCCUAUGUGAGGGGAAUGGACAUGAUUAAAAGAACAGGGGCAGAAGUGGCUCAUUUAUGACCCAUUCACUAGCCCCAGGGAUUGAA